GACCCUUCCUUCUUUCCUGCACAAAGAGCCACUUUUUUGGCCACGGAGACGUGGAGAGCCAGCCGAGCAUGGAGGAGAAAGCUAAAAAGAGGCCCACAGAUUCCUCCUUCUCGUGGUCCCCUUAUUCAUCAUCGCAGAAAAGGCUCUCUGAAUGUUAAGCUGGCCCGGUUCAUAAGGAUGCUUUCGGCGGCUCCGGGGGGUGCAAAGAUUUGACUUCGGCUGGAAGGACCGGACCCCGGGGUGUUCCCCACCAGGACAGCACGCAAGACAACCCCCCCCUUUUCUGCACCUUUUCUCUGCUGCAUUUCCGUGUCGUGGGAAAGAGAGAGGAGAGGAAGAGGAGGAGGAGGAGAGCCUUCCUGAGGGAUCUCGCCCCAUUUAAGAUGUGCCCUCCUUCGGAUGCUGACGCAUUGAAUGUGUAAGGAUUUUUUGCUGAGCCAUGUCACAGAUGCUGCACAUAGAAAUCCCCAAUUUUGGGAACACGGUCUUGGGCUCCCUGAACGAGCAGAGGCUUCUGGGACUCUACUGCGAUGUCUCCAUCGUGGUCAAAGGGCAGGCCUUCAAGGCCCACCGGGCCGUCUUGGCGGCCAGCAGCCUGUAUUUUAGAGACCUGUUCAGUGGGAAUAGCAAGAGCGCCUUUGAGCUGCCAGGAUCCGUGCCCCCGGCUUGCUUCCAACAGAUCCUCUCCUUUUGCUACACCGGGAAGCUGACCAUGGCCGCCAGCGAGCAGCUGGUGGUGAUGUAUACGGCGGGUUUCCUCCAGAUCCAGCACAUCGUGGAGAAAGGGACGGACCUGAUGUUCAAAGUGAGCUCCCCGCACUGCGACUCUCAGACGGCGAUGAUCGAAGACCCGAACUCAGAGCCCCAGAGCCCCAGCAACCCUCUGCAGCCGGCUUCGGUGCCCUACGCCCUGUCCCCGUCUAUGCCCAUCCCGCUUCUCACCCGGGUCAAACACGAGAACCUGGAACUCCAGCCCUCCAAGAGGUCCCUGGAGGUCAGCCUUCGGGACUCGGCCGGGGGGAGCUCAUCGGGCAUGACCCCUAUGAAGCUGUCCCGGGUCUCCUACUACGGGGUGCCCAACCUCGCCACCCUCAUCCCGAACAUCCCGCAAGCUCAGUAUGCCCCAGGGGAGCGGACGAGCCCCGGAGCCAGCAGCCUCCCCACCACCGACAGCCCUACGUCCUACCACAACGAGGAAGAUGAAGAAGAUGAUGAAGCCUACGACACCAUGGCGGAAGACCAGUACGGGCAGAUGUACAUCAAGUCGACCGGGGGCUAUGCAGGGCCUCCCGAGAAGCCGGAGCAGGGCCCCUUGGAGAGCCGGUCCUGCGUCCUCAUUCGCCGCGACCUGGUUGCCCUCCCGGCCAGUCUCAUCAGCCAAAUUGGAUAUCGGUGCCAUCCAAAACUCUACUCAGAAGGAGAUCCUGGAGAAAAACUUGAACUUGUUGCAGGCUCCGGUGUUUACAUCACCCGAGGGCAGCUGAUGAACUGUCAUCUGUGUGCGGGUGUGAAGCAUAAAGUCCUCCUCCGACGCCUCCUGGCAACCUUCUUUGACCGGUAUGACGAAAGCACCUCUCAUCUUCCGUGCGUUGCUCCGCGCUCCAGACCCCCCACCCAAACGACGCUAAACACCCUCUCUGUUUCCGCAGUGUAUUGUCAAAAUUUUGCCCCGAGCUUCAAGGAAAGCGAGAUGAACGUCAUCGCGGCCGACAUGUGCACGAACGCCCGCCGGGUCCGGAAGCGUUGGCUCCCAAAGAUCAAGUCCAUGCUGCCGGAAGGGAUGGAGAUGUAUCGCUCCGUCAUGGGCUCCACCCCCAGCGGCGUCCCCCUGGACCCCGAAUUCCAGGCUUCCGCUGGUCAAAUGUUUGAACAACGCAUCUAUGCAGAAAGGAGGGGCGAGGCUGGAACGAUCGUGGCUCUCAGAACUAACCCCGUCUCUGUGGAUCAAAGCAACGGAGCUAGCCAGUUGUUUGAGCCGAGCGACGGAGCCGAGGGAGGCAACUCCGUCAUCCAGGAGUCGGCCGGCCCCGAAGCGUUGGCUUCCGAGACCCCGAACACCGCAGAGCCUUUCGAUCAAGGGUCCGGUUCCAGCAGCCGGCCAGAAACGCCCGGCCGACGACCGGACGGCGCCUACGGAGGGACUUUAUGAGAGCAAGCGAGGGUAACGUUGGGGGGCGACUGACGUUCUUGGGAUCUAUACUACUAAAGCUGCUUGCAUGCAUUAUUAAUACAAGAGAAAAAAAAAGAAAUGUGAUCAAAACAUUUACCUACUGAACUGCUACUGUUGCCUGAGAAAAAUGUGAUUUUUAUUCUGCUUGUGUUUUAAGGUUUAUGAAGGAAAACAUCACAUUCAUUAGACUGUACGCAACCCCAGGUCUAAGGCAAGCGAUGUAUGGGGAACAACAACAACAGAAAAACACUCUCUCUCGAAAAAAAAUACAGUAGGGCCCCCCAUAUCCAAAGGGGAUCGGUUCCAAGGCCCCCCUUGCAGAUGCUAAAAAAAUGUGGAUUGUGGAUUAUAUAGCAAACGCUAGUUUAAUAGCGAAAGCUAUAUAUUGCAUGGCCUCUGGCUGCCUCUUGGGGGCCCGUUCUAAUAACUUCAUCUUGAGAAAAGUAUAUUUCUAAGUUUUUUUCUUUUAAUAUGUCAAGUAUUUUCAGACUGUGAAUAAGUAAAUCUGCGGAUACUGAUCCUGUGGAUAAGGGGGUCCUACUGUACCCAAGGUCAGUAUAGAGGACUGUAGUUUCUCUCCCCUCCCCUUUUUUUGCAAUUCCACAAGAGCGAAACACUAUCUCCAGCCUUCACUAACCACCACCCUUUUUUCCAUUCCAAUAUUUCGCUCCAUUUCCUAAGCAGGAAGAUGCAGGCUGGGUCCUUUUAUUAUUAGUAUUAUUAUUAUUUUGGAAGGGGGCUACCUAGGAGACAGGGAGGUGCAAGAGAAGACGAGAAGACUGCAAAGGGAAAAUCCUGAAACUAUGGUAGUCGUACUGUUGGGUUCUGUUUUGUGCUUUGCACAACUCCCAUGCUUGGAUCUUCUGUUUUAAUUGUGGACAGACGGGGCAUCGAGAGUGGAGAUGUGCUUGCAAAAAUGACUUCAUCGAAAACCCGGUCUCCAUGAGCAGCGCUUCUCACGGGACCCACAAUACUUGCCUGAGACCCAGAUCUUUAGGUCAGAGAGAAAGGCUGAAAUCGCACUGUAUAUCCCCCCCCUCCCCAGCUUCCCUUGUUCAGACUCCUCGCCUAGAGUUGGCGUUCGAGAAUUGCUAUCCCAUUUGUUGGGUUUGCACUCGGCGUCGCCGGCGCUGCCUGGUUUUCCUCUACCUUUUGCAUUGUUUUCUUCCUUUCCGUUGGGUCCCGGGUUUAAGGGAUCGGGGGAUCUCCGGUCCCCGGGCUUCCUCCAGAGUCAGCCAGUGUUUCCGGCAUGUUGUGAAAGGCCAGUCCUCGACCCCUUUUG